GGAAUUAUAUUUAAGCUUGUAAUUUUACCAUUUUGUAGUUUCGAGGAAUUCUUCAAUUUGCCAUAUCACAUUGAAAAUCUAUUCUAGCACUUUGUAUCGCUGUAUGAAUCCUCAACAUCAAUUCGGUCAGCCUUUCGGCCCCCCCGCUAUAUACGCGCAUGUGUUUGAGAUUAAAUUAAAUACAAGGUUAUUAUCUUGACCCAUGAAUCGAUACUUCAAACUUUUAUGUGUGAUUACAUACUUUACUUAUGAUCGAUCCCAUCCCUAUUUAUUUUUUCUAAACUGUCCUGUCAGUGUCACUGUCAGCAGAGCUCUGUAAACGUAAAUAAUAUAACCUCAAAUAAUUGCUACGUUAAUGAUUUCGUGGCCUAUAAAAACAUUAAAAUACCUUACUAUAAGUAAUUUUCAAAAGAUGGCUAAAAGUUCCUUUGAAUAUGUUAAAACCUUUGAAGUAGAUGAUACUCUUUUACCAAACACAUGGAUUGUAAUAAGGAUAGAUGGAAAAUGUUUCCACAAAUUCUCUGAUGAUCACAACUUCAGCAAGCCUAACGAUUUAAGAGGUUUAAAUCUUAUGAAUUAUGCAGCUUUUACUGUCUUCAAAGAGUUUAAUGACUUGUUAUUAGCUUUUGGACAAAGUGAUGAAUAUUCAUUUGUGUUUAAAAAACAUUCCACUCUAUAUAAACGAAGAGCGUCCAAGUUACUGACAACAGUAAAUAGUAAAUUUUCUUCAUCUUAUGUAUUCUAUUGGAAUAAAUUCUUUGGUGAACAGAAACUAAAAUAUCCACCUACAUUUGAUGGGAGAGUAAUUUUAUAUCCAUCAGAUGAGAAUCUAGUAGACUACAUGAAAUGGAGACAAGCUGAUGUUCAUAUAAAUAAUUUGUACAACACAACUUUUUGGAAUCUUGUCCUACAAGGAAAUUUAACACCAUCUCAGGCGGAGAAAAGAUUAUGUGGGACUGUUUCUGCUGAUAAAAACGAGAUUCUUUUUAAUGAAUUCAAAAUCAACUAUAACAGUGAACCAGAAAUGUUUAAAAGAGGUACUCUGCUGAUGCGCAAAACCAUUUCAGAUGAAAUCAUGGGUAAAUCAAUUAACCUUAUAGUAGAUACUCAUGAUGAUAUGUUAAAAGAUAGGUUUUGGAAGGAAAACUCUUUAUUAUUUUUAAAAUCUCCAAAACAAGGUUUACCCUAUGAGGGGCCAAUCACAGAAAUGAUAAAGGAACAGUUGGAUGCCAAGAAAAAUAGUAUCCAAGAAUGCACUAAAAGUUAAAUAUGAUUCAAAUAUGUUAAUGUAAGUUUAUAAAGUAAAUAAAUAAACAUUAUUUAAAUAGGUUUAUUUCUAUCAUUCAUCUAAAGAUAAGACAAUGUAUAUUAUCAUUGGACAAUAUUGUAUAAAGAUUUUAGUGUGUGCAUGAUUACAUGCAUGGGUGUGUUUGUUUCAUUGACCAUCAAUUAAUUAUGUACAUUUUAUUGAAAGAUUUCCUACAAUAAAAUUUUAAACUUUUAAUGUUUGAAUUUUGUUUAAAUUAUUAGAUAUUGUUAAACUAAGCCUAAAGGUACAUGAAAAGAAUACUGUAACUAGAGUUUAAUCUAUCAAAUAAUACAAGCUAUGAAAUAUUUAUAUUUAUAAUAAUAUAACAAUAAAUAUUUUUAUACAUUCAUGAUUUGAUAACAUUUUUAUUUAUUUAAACCUCAUAAUUAACUUAAUUUACAAUUAUAACUGUUAUUUAUGCAUAAUAUUCUUUAUCACUAUAAUGUUGAAAGUUACAUACUUUUGAUUUUAAUUUAACAGCAUAUG